UGCCUCAUGGCGUCGCGGGUGCAACCAGAAUUCACGCCUUUGGCGCCGCGCCGCCAACGUCUCACGACCCUCGCUGCUUGGUUCUGGCUCAGCGGGAGCUUGGCGGCUAGUGUCUGGUACUUAGCGCUCCUCGCACCGCCUUUUGCCAACGACUUGUGGUGGGCCAACUACAACACAAGUGGCACGCAGGCCUUUCUGAUUGACGCGACGAACGCACUCCUCGAGAGUCAAGCGUCGGGGGCUGUCGACCUUCUCACUGUGACGAUCACCAAGUCGUACCAUACGGACGUGACGUACCCGACGCGGCACCCGACGUAUGCGUCGCGCCUCUUGCUGACGUCGCUCACGUCGCUAGAGUUUGCGAUUGCGAAUCUUCGCAACACGUCGGCCGCAUACGCGCUCUGGCUUCCUACGCAAUUUUGCUACGUCGAUUUGAACAAACGGUGGGAAAUGGCGCAGACAGAGACGCGCCAAGCGCGGUGUGCUGCGAGCUACACGACCAAUGGCGCCGUGUACCUUGAAACAGUCUUGCGCAACGUUCAGAGCUGGUCGUCGUUUCUAGAGCUCUAUGGCGGCGACGGCAACAUCUUUACGAUUGGCGUGCAGCUCGCAAUCCAAGAAUCGCCGACCGGCAAGGCGUGGCUCGACGCGACAGCCACUGUCUCGACGUCGAUCGACGACGAAGCGUCGCUUUGGCGGGCUAAAGGACUCACUUUUUUCGCGUUGCAAUUGCAAAACUCGGUCAUUUCCGGGAUUACGGAAACCGUGGACGUGGUCAACGCGCUCGGCGUGCAUCAGCCCAUUUCGCUCAAGCAAGUGUCCCAAUCGGCGGGUCCGUGGACGUCGCAAAUCUUCAACGGGUAUCUCUACAACAACCUGUACAUGCUCGUGUCGGGCUGCAAUGCCAGCCUGGUGCGAGGCAGCCGCCGCCAUUUCACCAAGGUGCCGUGCCCCUAUCUGCAACCCCCGGCCUUUGAGAGCUUGCUUGGACUCUUUGAUACCAACGGCAAGUAUCUCGAGCAGACGGGCGUCGUUCACGAUCACCUCGGUGCGUUCUUGUCGGUCGAUAUGUAUGUUCUCCCCGUCCCCAACACGCUGCACACCCUUGUGUUGGACGCUCAGAUCUUAUUGGGGGAUGCUCUCGCCACAAACACGACCCUCGCCGCCGCCUACUUGGCGCUUCGAGGUGGUGCACUCACGCCGACGCCGCCUGCCUUUCGCGGGGCCUACAACUACUAUGGUGGUAACCCGCUUUGCCUCAAUGGGCUUGCACAAGCCAAUGUCCAAGCGCCGUUCGCGAUCACGGAUACGUGUGACACCCCGCUCGCAUUCUCGAUCUCAGUGAGUGUAGCGGCAGCGCUUUUGGGCCUACGGCUGAUGGCACCCGCACGAAUCGAGGACGUCUGCCUCGACGACGAUGCAUGCUUCCACCUGCUUGCCCCUGUGCACCGCCUGGCCAACGACCUGCCCCCGCUCACGUCGCUUGCGGCUGCAGCCCGACGCGAUCUGGACGUACUACAUAUCAGUCUUGUCCAGUUUGUAUCGGACGAGCGUCGAACCAACUAUUCGCUGCUACGACAGUCGGUGCUCGACCCGUCCUUUGCGUUCUUUGGCUGGGUGCUUCUGGCCGACUGGGUCACUGGCGUGCGCGAAGUCGUAUCGUUCGAGGGCGACAAUGGAACACUUGCAUUGAUAUCCGACGCCUACGACGUAACAUCGACCGACCCGAGCGCAACCACGGUCGGGCGUGCGACCGCAGUCGUCUUCUACCUCGUCGUGUACGUCUCGAUCGUCUUGCUGGUCGUGGCCGUCGUUUGCAGUGUCGUUGGUCUCCUGCACCACCCGAAUCCCCGCCACUUCUUUGUGUUCCACCGCGUGGCCGGUGCGACGUGGGUCGGACGACCGCUGCUUUUCCUCCGUGGCGCGUCUGCGAUGGUGCUGCUCAGUACGGCGCCAAUAACCCUCCGUACCUCCUAUGGCCUCUCCCGCUUUGUUUAUACACCGCGAAGCGUUUUCGAAAUCGCCGUCUUGGCGAGCGAGGCGACGUGGCUUACCUACGUGAUCAGUGAAGCUGCGCUACUGGUGCCACUCGCGCGACCCCAUUUGGCCGGGCACCUCAGCGCAGGACUUGUAUGGACCACCUACGUGGUGCUUGACUUGGUGUUGCCGAUCGAAAUCCACACCGAAGUGCAACGUGUGUGCAUUGCGCAGUCGUUGUACUAUCAGCUCGAGUGCAAGAGUGCCACCGUCACGAUUGGCAGCUACACAAGAGCGUGCUGGCUCCUGCUCCUCCCUACGCUCGUGGUGCCAAUGACCGUGUUUGUGCUGGGUAUCAUGGACCGCCACCGAUCGGCGCCAGCGUCCCCGGACGUUCAGUUGUCGGGGGUGGCAACGGCGUACUUGUCACUGUCUGGUAUCGCGUCGGACCGCGUCGCACUGCUUCUCGCUGGACUCUACCGGGGCACGUGCGUCUCCUUUAACUUUACCCUCUGGGUAUUUGUACGCGGCAAGGCGGAUGCUGCCGUCGCACCAACCGUCGCGCUGCUCCCGAGUGCAGCGGGCCCUCCGGCGCCGGUGCCGACGACAGUGGCAUGGCAGCACCGGAGCUGGCUGCUCAUUGGGACGGUGUACGUCGGUGCUGCUAUCUACAGUAGCACGUCGUACCUCGCGCUCUCCGAGGCGAACCUCGCCAACGAUCUUGUCUGGACGGGCUUCAACAUGACGAGCACCCAUAUCUUUGUUGCGCGGUGGUUCUUGCGGCAGCUCACGGCCGGCGUCACAAGUAUGACGACGACUUUGGAUGCGCCGUCGAUCAACUCAGCUGCCGACUACAGCGUUGCCACGACGGUGCUGAUUCCACCGCAGCAAUAUGGCGCCAUGCUCCAAUACACCAACCUCACUGCGAUCGCAACCGCCAUCUCAGCGCUGCGUGCCGUCGAGGGCUGUGAUGGUCCGUAUGUCUUUACGCAGUACUGCUACCUCGACUUGGAUCAAAAAUGGGAAAUGGCCAACUCGAUCAAGCGCCAAGAACGAUGCAAGUUGAUGGUCAACAACGGUGCCGUCUUUCUCGCUUCUCUGCUUCGGAACGUUGAUAUCUCAACGUGCUGGAGUGAGUCGUUUGAGAUUGGGUUUGGCUCCGAGCUGCGUCAGUCGACAACCGGUCAGACUCUCUUGGCUUCAUUUAGCCCACCGUACCUCUCGAUCGACGACGAAGUGUCUUAUUGGACAUCAAAGAGCAUCUCGUCGUACGUGCUGCAGUGGCAAAACUACAAGUCGAUCGGUCUCGUCAACUCGUACAAUAUUGUCAAUGCGUACGGCGCCUCGUAUCCGUUUACGCUGCAGUCGACCGCGGGCUACUACCGCUUGGAGAGCCAAACGUCGUUCAAAAUGUACUGGUCGCUCGCCAACGACCUCAGCGCUCUCCUCAAGAACACAUCGACCAUGGGUGGCAAGAGUCUGCUUCGGUCGAGCAGUCGAUUUGCCUAUCGCAACGACUCGCUCGCCGCUGUCUACGUGGCCAACGGAAGCAUUUUGGCAUCGCCGCUCGGCGUUGGUGCUGCCGUCGUACAGUCGACGAUCGGGCCUUUUGGCUCAAUCGACAUGGUCUACGUCGGCGUUCCUGACGUCGUGCGCCGCGCGUACGGAGCGAUCCUCGACCACGUUGGCGUGCUGCGCAGCACGGGUCCUGCGGCAAUAGCCGCCUACGCGUCCAUCUCGCUGCCCGCCCAGUUGCUGCCGAUACCCCCUCAAUGGUCGACGGCCAACUUUAAAGUGUUUGGCGGCUCGAUUCUCUGUCCGCCGGCAGGCAACUCGGGGACAUCGAGUAUCACCACGGGGCUGACGCAGCUCUUCUCAUUUCCGUACAGCUGCGCCACCACACAAGUGACCAUGUCGCUUGCCGUGACACCCGAACACUUUGUUGUUGGCGCCGCCUUGACAGCGCCCAACGCCUCGGCGAUCUGCGCGCAGGUCGUGGCCAAACGUACCGCGUGCGUGGCCGGCGUGCUCUCGACGCUCACCUUUCUCAACGAAACCGAGCAAACGCUACAAGCUACGUGGCGCCUGUCUCUCGAGGCGGCACUCACACCGCUGCGCAUCAGCUUGGCACAGUUUGGUCGACCGACGGCGAACGCAUCAACGACCUUGUACAUAGCACCGCUAUUGGACGACCCGGCUUUUGCGUUCUUCGCGCAUGUCCUCUUGUACGACUGGGUGGCGGGAAACCGGGAGGUGGUCACGUUCCAGGGGGACGUCGGUACCCUAACCCUCCUCGGGGACAGUGGCAUCCGCCGAGCGCAGCCCAUCGAUACCACCAAGCUCCCGGUCGUGUUUGCCUUGUACGCGCACCGCGCUGUUCAGUACGUGACGUACGUGCUCAUGCUACUCGCGGCUGUGGCCGCCGUCUACCUCGUGCGGUGCCAUGGUCGCAUCGCCGGUGCGAAUAUGCUCGAGCUGUCGCGUGUCGGCGGCGUGGUGUGGGUCGGCCGCCCGCUCUUGCUGGCGCGUGGUGUGACAGCGCUCUCCCUUCUCUCGUCGAGUUCGCUCACCCUCGGUACCAAGUACGAAAGCCUCACGGUCUUGGAGGCGACGCAGCUGCCGUGGUACGCAACCUGCUUGGCCGCCAACGAAGUCACGUGGGUAGCCGGCGUCGUCAACGACGUUGCACUGGCGUUGACCCAAGAGGACGCCAUGCGGUACACGACACUCAACAGCGUUCUUGUCUGGGCGGUGACGGCCUGUCUCACGACUCUUCUUCCCGUGACGCACGCAGUGCACGUUCAUCGCACCUGCAUUACGACAGCGCUCGACUACCAAGUGCACUGCACGUCGGGCGACGUCGUGAUCGGGUCGCUGCACCGUCUGCUUUUGCUGUCGCUCUUGGUCGUCAGCAUCAACGUCGCUUCGUACCUCAGUGUGCGCUGUCGUCAGUGCAAAAACGAAGUCCGCAGUCGGUCGCUCCUCCUCUGCGCCGGCGCGCGGUAUUUAUUCGACCAAGAAUCCUGGCUUCAGGAGGAGCUAUACUACAUGGACAGAGCCUCCGCGGCGCUCAACGGCCUUUUGAGCCUUCGCUACAAGCAGGCGAUGUAUGUGUUUGACGUCAAGACGUGGCGGCUCCACGCUCUCAGCGCCGUCAGCACGCAUCUCGAACGACGCCUGCGGGAGGCGUUGCCCUUGCGCAACGCAGCUUGACAGCACGACACGGAUCGAGUGUGGUGAAUAUUGUCUGCUAACAGAAUGACACUUUGGUGCCGUCUCGUAUACACCGUUUAGUCGGUGUUGUUGUC